AUGGGAGACGUCCCAACAAACGCGAACGCUGGUUGUCCAGGAGUGGGCAGUGCUGGUGCUGGGAAAGCAUCUGGAUGCGCUGGUUGUCCGAAUCAGGGAUCUUGCUCUACUGGUCAAGUACCAAAGCCCGAUGACGACAUCAGGCUGAUUCAGGAUCGAUUUAGCGGCGUUAAGCAUAAGAUUUUGAUCCUUUCUGGGAAGGGAGGAGUAGGUAAAAGCACAGUGACCACAAGUUUGGCCCGUGCUUUGGCUGCUGACGCAUCGAAACAAGUGGCAAUUCUCGAUGUGGACAUCUGUGGUCCGUCGCAACCACGAAUGCUUGGAGUAGAAGAUGAAGAGGUGCAUGAUAGUGCAGAUGGUUGGACUCCUGUACUAGUACGAGAGAACCUGAUGUUGAUGAGCAUAGCCUUCUUAUUAGGGAAUAAAAAUGAUGCUAUUAUUUGGAGAGGAGCAAGGAAGAAUGGCAUGAUCAAACAGUUCCUUCGAGAUGUUGAUUGGGGAGAGGUUGAUUACCUGCUGAUCGACACUCCUCCGGGAACAUCCGAUGAGCACAUAUCCGUCGUGCAGUUUCUGCUACAAGCAGGAAGUCUCGAUGGUGCAAUCAUUGUCAGCACACCACAAGAAGUGUCUUUACUCGACGUGAGGAAAGAAGUCAGCUUCUGUCAUAAAACUAAGGUUCCUAUUUUGGGAGUAGUCGAAAACAUGGCAAAGUUCGUCUGCCCACACUGCAACCACACCACCAUACUCUUCCCCUCAACUACUGGGGGGUCAACAGCUAUGUGUGAGGAAAGCAAACUGGAGCUGCUGAGUCAACUACCUCUUGAACCUUCACUUGCUGAGGCUCUCGACAAGGGAGAGGACUUCUUCGCGAAAUAUCCAGAUUCGGCACUCACGAAGACCUUCUUGGAACUGGCAGGGAAGCUCACGGCGAAACUUGAAUAA